AUGGAUGUCAAGCUCCCCUCGCGCGCCGCGACGGUCCCCGCGCGCUCGGGAACGGUCACCAGCACCCUCACCCGGCGGACGUCUAUGAGCGAUGCCGAUGACGAGGCCAUUCCCCAUACAGAUAGCAGUGAGAGCACCAAUCUCCUGCUUGAGCGUCUGAGAGCCUGGAAGCACAUGACCGCCUAUCUUGAGGACUAUGUCUCCACGACUGCCAAGGUUUCCAGGGCUAAUUCCAAGGAUUAUGAGAAGGUCUUGAAGACCGUGAGCGAUCCUCUGAAGGAGGGCCAUCACUUUAGCUCCAGCGCCGGAGGCGUCGCGGGCCUGUUCGAGAACAUGCGGAAUAAUUCUCAGGGAAUUGUGAACAUGUACCUCGAAACCGAGAAGAACCUGAAGAGCGGCGUGCUUCCGACCCUCGAGCGUUUGCACAAAGAAAUCAAGAACAAGUCGAAGGAACUGAAGUCGGGCGCAGUGAAGGGCGCCAAAGCCGUCGAGAAGGCCCGGCAAGCAACCCAGAAGCACAUCGAGCUCCUGGGCCAGAACUCGGCGGCCUUCGACGCCGCCGCUGCAGGCAAGAUUGAGCAGCAGCACGACCCCUACCUCCUCCGCCGGAUGAUCAACCACCGACUCAACAAGCAAGUCAACGAAGAGAACACCCACCGCCAGGACGUCCUCGCACUGCAGAACUCCUUCCAGCAAUUCGAAGCACACAUUCUGCAGACCGUCCAAGGCGCGCUGGAGCAGUUCUUCCAGCAGAUGAACAACCAGUUGGACCGGCAGCGCGCCAUGUACGCCGACAUCCUGGGCACGGCGCAGCUCAUCCCGCCGGACUUCGAGUGGAUCAAUUUUAUCGUCAGCAACGACUCCAAGCUGGUCAACCCGGACUCGCCGCCGCGGCAGUUCGGAAAUAUUUCCUUCCCGAACCAGGACCACCGUUCCACGCAGCCGCUCAUCGAGGGCUCGCUGGAGCGUCGCUCCCGCGCCGUGAUCAAGGGCUUCAGCACGGGGUACUACGUCGUCACCCCCGCUAAGUACCUACACGAGUUCAAGGACACCGACGACUUCCGUCGUGACCCCACCCCCGAGCUGUCGCUGUACCUGCCCGACUGCGUGAUUGGGUCCAUCGACGGCGUCAAGUUCAACGUCAAGGGCAAGGAUGUGUCGAACGGCAAAGUCGGGAAUGCAUUCACUGCCAACACAGAGCUCACCUUCAAGGCGCACACCCCCUCCGAUGCCGAGAAAUGGUGGAGCGUUAUCAAAGAGUCGACCCGCAGCCAGUCGCAGUCGCAGUCCCAAUCCCAGCCUCUUCCCUCGUCGGGCGCCUCCCCCGCUAGCUCGCGCAGCACCUCGGCAUCCCACCAGCCCGAGAAGGCCAGUGACGCCGCAGAGACGGGCGUUAUUACCACCAACAUCACCGAUACAAAGGAUCAGGUCGCCAGCCCGACGGCGUUGAGUCGCUCGGCUAGCACGGCUAGUCACUUCCACACGUCACCCGGUGGCUCGGCUGUGCAGGAGAAGUCGGAGAAGUCGUAG